AUGUCCUUAUCAAAACCUACUUGGAAUCAUUUCGGUUCUCACCACCCGUUCCCGGACAAGCAGAACUUCGAUCUCUACCGGGACGUUCCUUCUUUCCCUUUCUCUCUCCCCGCCUUCCCCUUCGCCAUGAAUGCUCUCUCUGCCGACGAGAUGGAGCGCUUCCAAAGGCUCUCCAACACCUAUCAGCCUGAAGUCCAGGGUCCCGCCGUCUCCACGAAACAGGCCAGUCACAGCAUCGCCCUGGACUACUCCAAUGCAGACCCAACUUUGGCUGCAAAGACCAAUGCCUUGGCUCUCUCCCACCCCGAAUGUCGUAUUAUGAGAGGGGAUGGGAAUUGCGGUUGGAGGGCUGUGGCGUUUGGAUAUUUCGAAACGCUCUUCGCUCUCCGUGACCCGCUUCGCAUUCAAACCGAGACGGCUCGAAUCAAAUCUUUGAAUGCACUUUUGGAUCAGAUUGGUCUCGCCGAUCACAUUUAUGAGAUCUUUGUCGAUGCUACGGAGGAAAUUCUCAAGCGGAUCCUCGAUGCUAUUCAGAGCGGUGUGCAGGACGAGUCUUUCCUUGUGGAUGCCUUUAAUGAGGGAUACAGCUCCGAUGCUGUCAUCACCCAUUUCCGGCUCUUGACUAGUGCUUGGAUCAAGCUGAACCCGGGUCGAUACAUUCCAUUCCUUCCUAUGCCUGUCGAUCAGUACUGCAGUACGCGGAUCGACCCGGUGAAGACCGAAAUCGACGAGGUGGGUCUGCAGGCACUGAUCCACGGCGUUAUUGAGGGGUCUGGCUUUGGCGUCGAGAUUCUAUACCUGGAUCGAAGCGAGGGCGAUGCGGUGACACCUCAUCAAUUGACCACCAGCUGUCCCAAUGGGGCAACCCUACGCCUUCUUUACCGACCUGGCCACUAUGAUAUCCUCUAUCAGGCUGAUUCCAAUCUGAACGUGGCGCCUAUCGUCAACCUCCAGUAUGGAUUAAGCUCCGAUUACACCAGCUCCUGGGACAGCGCUACUCUUGGAUUCGAUAUGAACUCCAGUUUGAUGGCCAUUCCCAAUCUGAUGCAGGAUUCUUCUUUCGGCAUGGGCGCCCCCAUGUCCCCCAUGCCAUCGGUCUCGCCUGCUCCACCCAGUCCUUUCCGGAUGUCUCCCCAGCAGGAGAUGUACCAGUCGCCUAUGCAAUCCCAUGCCCCCAUCUCUUCCCUCCCCGUCUCCCCCCAUCCUCCUCCACCAGCACCAUCCUCCGCCCCACCACCCAUGACCUCGCUGCCCAGCCGGACCUCGGACGGCCCGCAGAUUCGACUGAACCCGCUCGUGAUGAAACCGAACCUGAGUCGAUCGCUGCCGGUCACCACGCCUUUCAAAAACUCCCCCUACAACCAAGCCCACUUCCAAAAUUCCGACUUCGAGCCCAUUCAUUGGGAGCCGCAUGGAAGAUAA